GGAAUGAAUGUCUGAUGGGUUUAUUAGGCCAAAUCAUUCCACCACCACCAGCAGCAGGGAGGCGAACCCAAACGAAACACUGACCUUUAGUAUUUAAUAAUAAUAAUAAUAAUAUAAUAAUAAUAUAAAGGAGAGAUAAAAGUGGAAAGCAGUGGUACGAAAAACCGGGAUAGGCAGGCAGGGCGACGGCGGUGUCAUGUGCCCGUGAAGGAGGAGGAGAGCAGGUAGGUGGCUGACUAAGGAUCAGGAGCAAUAACAACCAGGUCUGGAUCACACGACUCAAUCCUCAUUGAUUUCACCACCAGCCUCCACGCAUCCCGACAUAAUUUCUAGUACCACCGUCACAAAGACAAGUGCAUUCAAAUUCCAAGAUUCAGGUUUGCCUCGUCCUUUUCCAAUCCCCAUGCUCGAACGCUUCGGAUUCGCGCUGGCCUCGUGGUGGCGCAUCAAGUUCGUCGACCCUCUUCUGCAAAUCCUCCGCCGGGGAACUGAGCCGAAGAAGUUGGCGUUCUCCGCUGCGCUGGGGAUCACCUUAGGAAUUUUCCCCGUCUGUGGUGUUACCGUGUUUCUAUGCGGGAUCGCUAUUGCCGUACUUGGACCCGUCUGUCAUGCUCCGACUGUAAUGCUGGCUAAUUUUGUUGCUACUCCCAUUGAACUAAGUUUGAUGGUUCCAUUUCUACGAUUUGGUGAAUUUGUCACUGGUUGGCCUCAUUUUGCUUUAACUUCUGAUGCUUUUAAGAAGGUCUUGACUGGUCAAGCUUCACAGGGAGUCUUGCAGAGCAUCCUCUGUGCGUUGUUGGGAUGGGUGGUCGCAGCGCCCCUAAUCUUAGGAGCUCUCUAUCUGUUGACUUUACCAUGUUUCAAGAUUCUAGUUCUUAAAUUUGGUGCAGUUGCGUCAAGCCCAAAGAAGACGGUACCCAACUCCAUCUCGAGCCCUAGAAAACCAGGGAAUUCUCCUUCUGAGGUAAGGCUAAAAGUCAGGGAUGUGUGACAGAACAGGCCCACACUCUACACUCCAAUUAUAUAUAUAUAUAUAUAUAGUGUAAAUAUCUUGUCGGACGAGUGCAUGUAAUUGUGAGUGAAGCACGUUGUUGAAACUGUAUUGGAAUUAGCAGUUACGUUGUGGCCUGUGGGAACAAGCCAAACUAUAGCAAAUUCCUGAUAUUAAUUUAUACUAUACUA